CCCACCAGGACUGGAUAUGCAUGAUUGCUAAAGGAAAGACCCCCAUCCUGCCCCCUGUGCCCCCACCUCCAGUCCCAGCUCCUGAUUGUGGCGCUAACCCCGGUUGGAGGAAGAACAACAACAUCUGCUACUACUACAACGACACCGACAUUGUUGACUUCCACACGGCCAUGGGACGCUGCUACGAAGAGAAGGCCUCGCUCGUCUCCAUCCUCAACAAAGACGAACAGGCUUACGUCAACACCAUGGUGGGGACCGGCCAGGUGGCUUCAGCUUGGAUUGGGAUGAGGAUGUUUGGCAUCACAGGUGGACAAUACAUGUGGGUGGACUUCUCCCCUCUCACUUACACUCACUGGAGUCCAGGUGAGCCCAACAAUGCCAACGGGGAGGAGCAGUGCGUUCAGAUGAACCGACUUCAAGGUGGCUGGAACGAUGCGAACUGUGGUCGGGCCGGAGCAGGCUACGUCUGUAAGAAGAUCCCUGGAGCUAUCCACACCCCCCCUCCACCCACACAGCCCUGGGAGGGCAACUGCCCUGAAGGCUGGAUGCGUUUCAAGGACAAGUGCUUCAUGUUCAAAGGGAAGACGGAUGACAUUAAGGCCAACUGGUCUUUCGCUCGCAGCUGGUGCAAAGAGCAGGGAGGAGAUCUGGCUGUUAUCGAUGACCAGUACGAGAACGACUUUGUUUCCAGCUACCUGAGGGACCUCAAGCUUCCCACGUGGAUCGGCCUGUCGGAUCUCUUGUUGGAGAAUCAGUACGCCUGGAGUGAUGGGGUCAGCCCGGUGCUGUACACCAAUUGGAACGACAAGGAGCCCAACAACGCAGGAGGAGCGGUGAGGAUCCGCUACAACACAAGUUAUUUAUAAUCGGUGCAAAGCCAGUGGGAUGCAUUUUCAAUCUUUGUAAGCAGGACUAAAACAUCCUCUCAUGUAUAUAGAUAGAUAGCUUGAAGCUUUCUUGUCCUUCUCAACAGGAACACUGUGUGGCGAUUUCU